CCCCGGACCUACAAGACCCCGGGCGAGGGGCGCGGCGCUAUCGCGAGACUUCCGGAGACGGGCCUCGCUGGCGGACGCAGUUACCAUGGCAACCGGGAGGCGCCCGGCCGGGCGCGCGGGAAGGAGGCCGGAGGAGCGGCCCGCUGGGUCCCCGAGGCCAUGGGCCGGAUCACCGGGCUCGUGCCCUCGCGGUUCCUGACGCUCUUGGCUCAUCUGGUGGUUGUCAUGACGCUCUUCUGGUCCCGGGAAAGCAACAUCCAGGCUUGCCUGCCUCUCCAGUUCACCCCCGAGGAAUACGAGAAGCAGGACGUCCAGCUGGUGACCGCGCUCUGCCUCACCCUGGGCCUCUUCGCGGUGGAGCUGGCCGGCUUCCUCUCCGGAGUUUCCAUGUUCAACAGCACCCAGAGCCUCCUCUGUAUCCUUUCGGCCUGCCCAGCGUCCGCACAGGCCUCAUCUCCAAGUCACCGUUCUUUGCACAAGUCUCUGCCCAGGGGGCAAAGCCAAUCUCUCUAGCGCCUUCCCAGCUCUCACAGAAACAGCAUUAUUCAUCGCUGUCUUUGGGCUGAAAAAGAAACCUUUCUGAGCACGACCCGGACGUAGGAACCAAGGCUGGAAAAGUGAUGCGCUUCCUCCGGUUGGGGGAGAAGCAAGGCAUAGGCUUCAGGUUUCUCUCUCUCUACCCUUUGCCCCUCCCAACUGCUUCUAAGCAGAGAAUGGCAGUGUUGGGAUGAGAUCUCUCAAACCUUGGGUUAUAAUUUUAUUUUUAGAGCCUUGUAAUAAAAUAAAUUUUAUAAUACUAGUCUGAUGCUAUUUUUCAGAAGACAAAUGAGUGGGCCAAGAAGCUGGUGUAAAUAAAGGCUUUUUUCCCUCUAAGGCACGAGCCAGUAGGUGGUCCUUCUAUUUGGAUUUUUACGGUACAAGAUAGACGGAAGUGGGCGGAGAUAUGUAAAUAACCACAGCGCAUAGGGCUUCUAAUUUGCCGUAUGUGAGCAAAGUAUUCUGGGAGGUUUUAUUUCUCCCGUUUUGGCGCCGAAUGGAAAAUAAUUUAUAUUAAGCGACUUCCACAUAGAUAUUACUCUAUGAUUGUGAGAAUACUGAAGCAUUGGGUUUGUGCUAAAGAAAUGUCACAUUCUCACCCUCGCUUUAACCGGAAAUGUCUUUUCCUAAUUAGGAACGGGCCCCUGCGCUCCUUAUCGUCAGGAGGUUAAUCCUUACCUGUUCCUCCUCUGGAGGGCAGUAGAAAAUGAUGAUUGGAGCUUGCAUGAUCUGCUGAUUAGCAUUUCCGUGUGGCCAGGACCUGACAACAUCCUGGUUGCUCCUAUCUGAUUCUCUGACGAUCACACAUUUUUUUAACGUGUUAAUUGACAGAACUUUUCAGCCACAUUUUAGGUCUAAUUUUUCACUUCACCACCGACCGCAACUCAGUUAGGUUACUUGUGUCUGUGCCUUUGUGUGUCAACUGCUCAGUUAGGUUACUUGUGUCUGUGUCUGUGCCUGUGCUUGUGUCUGUGCCUGUGUCAACCUCUCAGUUAGGUUACUUGUGUCUGUGCCUGUGUGUGUCAACCUCUCAGUUAGGUUACUUGUGUCUGUGCCUGUGUGUGUCAACCUCUCAGUGUCUGGUGUAAAAGCUCUUUAGUUGGUGAAUAUCCUGGCAGAGCACCCUACCCACUCACCGUGCUUCCCAGGAGAAGCUUUCUGAUGACACCCAGACACAGCCUUACCCAUGACCUUGAGCUGCCCUUCAUCUAGCAUUCAUUCUGUGACCUCGCCAUAGGCAAAGCACCGUUAAUAGGGAGAAGAAAUGAAGUGUGACCCACACUCUCAGCUUUGGCCAUACAGAGGUAAGAAAGAAAGACUUCUAGUCCUCCCGUUAUUUAAUUGUGUAAAUUGUUGUAUAUGCUACAAAAAAAAAAAAUGAUUAGAGUGUCUUAGCGACACUUUAA